AUAUGAUGUCGCCCUUUGGAUUAUUGAGAUAAGUACCGGUACCAGUUGAUUGCUUAGAGACUAUACCAGACCGACUGAAGCGGUCGGAUAACACCUCUGUCUGGUCCACCUUGACCUCUGUUUGGUUACUAUCUCCUACUCUCGUGCCUUCCUUGUCGAAUGAUUCAUGAUGACGAAGCUGCACUCUCAGUACAGGUAUCCCUGUUCGGGCAGAAAGAACUGGUAAAGCAAGAGGUUUCACGAUUCCUACCAAGUCUCGACUCAGUGAAACCAGUUUGCUCCGCUGGAAUCCGCCCCACCAUUUCUGUAAUUCUCUCAUGUUGAUGACAUCGCGUUAGGAGCACGACAGGUGGUUGUCUAAUGUCAAUCGUGCCUUCUUUUCACGGCAUCCGAUUUCAUACUUCAACAAUUCCUUCAACACUUUCAAUCCCUUCCUCGCUGGACGCAUUGAAAGUAUAUUCGGUCACUCUACGAAAAUGGAAGAAUCGAAGCAGCCAAUUGAUGUUGGAGAGUACCUUUUCCGUCGCCUUCGUGAGGUCGGCGUCCAACAUAUUCAUGGCCUGCCUGGGGACUUCAAUCUCCAGGCGCUCGACUACAUUCCCAAGGUUGGACUAAAAUGGGUAGGCGACGCGAACGAGCUCAAUGCCGGGUAUUCGGCCGAUGGAUAUGCUCGAAUCAAAGGCAUUUCCGCCCUUGUCACAACCUUUGGCGUCGGUGAACUUAGUGCCAUCAAUGCCAUUGCGGGAAGUUUCGCCGAAUUUGUCCCAGUCGUACAUAUCGUGGGAUGUCCAUCCACGGUCUCGCAGCGGAAUGGCAUGCUUCUCCACCACACACUUGGCAACGGAGACUUCCGAGUGUUCUCAGAGAUUGGCAGGCAAAUCAGUUGUUCGACUGCCAUUCUCAGCCAUCCAGAACAGAUUGCCCAUCAAAUUGAUGAGGUUAUCAGAGAAUGUUACAUCCAAAGUCGGCCGGGCUAUAUCAUGCUCCCCACGGAUAUGGUACAGAAAAAGGUGGAGGGCGCGCGGUUGAAGACUCCACUGGACAUGACCUUCCCGCCGAAUAACCCCGAAGUCGAAGACUACUGCUUGAAUGCCAUCUGCAAACAUGUCGAGGCGGCGAAGACCCCAAUCAUCCUCGUUGACGCCUGUGCGAUCCGUCACCGAGCGCUGAAAGAAACUCACGACCUCAUCGCAGCCACUGGCCUGCCCACCUACGUAACGCCGAUGAGCAAAGGUGCAGUCGACGAGACAAUUCCAAACUACGGCGGGGUUUAUGCAGGUUCUGGGUCGUCGAAGGAGGUUCGCGAGAGGGUUGAGUCGGCCGACCUGGUAUUUACGAUCGGCUCCAUCCAAUCCGAUUUCAACACGACCGGUUUCACCUACCGCGUCUCUCAAUUGAACACCAUCGACUUCCAUUCCACAUACAUCCGCGUCAAGUACUCCGAAUAUCCUGGGCUGCGGAUGAACGGUGUGAUUUCCAAACUGGCGAAAAGAAUCCAGGAUGGCAAGCUCAAAAUCGCUUCUCCUGAGCCGCUGAAGGCCCCUGAUAACCAGUCCGUUGAAGGCGAGCUCCAAACCAAGGGCCAUGAUAUCACGCACGCAUAUCUCUGGCCACGGCUCGGUCGGUGGUUCCGUGAAGGGGACAUCAUCAUCACAGAAACUGGAACGGCCGAGUUUGGGAUCAUCACAACCCGAUUCCCGGCAAAGGCGAGAGCCAUCAACCAGGUGCUCUGGGGCUCGAUUGGAUACGCCACGGGCGCAUGCCAAGGUGCCGCUCUUGCGGCUAUAGACGAGGCUGCAGAGACGAAGAAGGAGCCGAGCCGAGUCGUGCUGUGGACGGGAGAAGGAAGCUUCCAACUUACGGCGCAGACGGUUAGCACGAUGCUUCGGAACAAUCUCACGCCGAUUAUCUUCGUCAUCAAUAACAACGGCUACACUAUCGAACGAUGGAUCCACGGCAUGGAAGCCGAUUACAAUGAUGUGCAGCCGUGGCGGUAUACACAGAUUCCGCAUGUCUUCGGCGCGAAAGAAGGUCAGGCGAAAUCGUACUCCGUGAGCACAAAGGAUGAGCUCGAAAAGCUUUUGGGGGAUGAACAGUUCAACACUGGAAAAUUCUUGCGCUUCGUGGAGGUCAUCAUGCCACUCAAAGAUGCCCCUGUUGGGCUAAAGUUGACGGCCGAAGCGAGUGCAAGGACCAAUACUAGGCUGGACUGAUUCAAAGCCUUCGGUUCACACCGUGAUCGAAGCCGUUGCUAAUGAAUGGCACCCUUGAGACUGGCGAAGAAAGUACGGCGAUGCGGCGGAGUCGGUGUGCUGUUCCUCGCGGCAUUUUGGAG